CUGAUCCGUAUGGCCUGUUUGAGUUAUCUGAUCCGGUUUGCAAUCAAAUGAGUUCCGAAUUGAGAUGUACUUUCUAUGUGAGGGUUGCUGGUGUUUUAAAUUAUGAGUUUGUCAACACCAUUAACUUACUCUCCCAUAUCAGAGACGAAGGCGGAGCCGAGGUUAAACAAGCCAUCGAAGUCAAAAUUAAAGAUAUAAAUGAUCGACCAAAGGAUAUCUUACUCUCCGGGAGUACAUAUACCACUGUCUUCAUUGACCAGAAUACAACAUGGAAAGAUACAAUUGCAAUGUUAUCUACUGUCGACGAUGAUAUUGGACAGAGAUACAAAUACAUGAUAAUACGAGGAGCUGGGAAUUUAUUUAUUCUGGAUGGC